GGUUCGUGGUGCUGGAGGACAACGGGCCUCUGUCCUCAGCUCUGCAGGACAAGAGGCUCCCUGAGACUCUGUUCAGGACCGUCUCUGCAGAGCACCACGACCUGCACCUGAAGCUCUCUCUUCCUCAGGGCUACGAGGCCAACCUGCACCCCCUCCUCCUCAUGGUGGAUGGUGAGCCGGGUCAGGUGGUGACGGAGGAGUUCUCUCUGGAGUGGCCCCAGGUCCUCUCGGGGUCUCACGGUGUGGCCCUCGCCUGGGUGGGGGUCCGCAGUGGGGGGGGCCGCGGACAGAAGAGCCCCAACAUGGACCCUCGAAAGCUGGGGUCCAUCAGAGUGAAGGAUUACCUCUCAGUGGUCGAGUCAGUGACUCAUUAUACACAUUCACUAACUCUCUCCCAGAAGUCAUCUGCUCUGCGUCUCUGGAGAAGCUUUGAGAAAACUAAUGAGACAUCGGCUUCUCCUUGA